AUGCGUUCGACACAGCCAGGAAUGCCCUUCUAUGUGUGGAGGGCUAUCCGCAGCAGCCGAAGCUGGAGAAGUUCAGCGAGGAACAGCGACAGGCACGUGGACGAAAAGAUGUUGCGCCAAAACGAGAAGUCGGUUUCUUACGCAGAUCGUGCAGAUCUCGUCAGGCUUGCAUCCGCCGAGGUGCCCUGGAUGGAUUUCAAUCCUGGCAGAGAGGCUCAUGUCAUUGGACGCCUCCAAGCCGUUUGGCCUCACCUGCAGUUCGUGAGGUUUCUUUUAAACGGCGCCGACGACGUCGUCAAGUACCAGAAGUGGCAGUUGGCGAGUCCCGAAAAACGGUACAUCACCAUCGGCCGCCCGGGCUUCACGGAGAAGGUCGAGCAUGGAGCUCGUCGUGACGGCGUGGCUCUGGAUCAAGGUUUCUUCAUCCUGGUCCCUGGCGGAUCGGAGGUGUCCGACGUGAGUUCGACCCUUGUCCGAGACCUCCUUCGGAAAGGGGAUCGUUGCAGAUUGGCUCCUGCGGAGUGGGAUUUACGGUGCAAGGGAUUGCAAGAGCCAGUUAGCAUGGUGCGGCUUCUGGGCGCGGUGCUCUUGGAGCCCUGCUUCGACGUGGCUGCUCUUCGCUUCUCAGCUUUCAGGCUGCAGCGUACGGUGCGGUGCGACUUGGAGAAGCUUCCGGCAGAGACACCAUCGGUGACCUUGCCCAAUGGUUGGAGGUUUUUGUUGGAAAACCACAAGCAUCUCUACAGAGAAUGGGAUUGCAAUCAGGUCCAGGAGUCCAGUUGCAGCGCCAUGCUUCAUGUUAUCCAGGAUCAUGGUGGCUCUGUCGAAGGGCUUGCCGUGGCCGACGUCCCGGGCCGUGGCCGCGGUCUCCUCGCCGCAACAAAGCUGGUGCCGAACCGACGGCUGAUCUCUGUGCCAUCCCAGUGCGUGCUGUAUGAGCGCCAUGUCAAAGACGAAACUGUGGGGAUGCAAAGACUCGUCUCCUACCUCCAUGCCAACGAAACAGCUCAGGACAUGGUAUCCAACAAGUUCUUGCUCUCCGCAUUCAUCCUUGAGCAGCUUCAGCACCGCUCCCCGUCAAAGCGGUUCGCACCUUACCUUCGAGAUUUGCGAAAAUCCGCGCAGACGAUGCUGCCGAGGCUGCCACUUUUCUGGCCAGCCGGAGACCAAGCAGAGCUGCAAGGCACAAUGGCUGAGCAUGAGCUGCCGAGGAUGCGCCGGGCGAUGCGCAGGGAGUACGAUGUUCUAUCCGCAGCUGCCCCGAACCUUGCUGCCAGCCAUCCACUGGCGGAGUAUCAGGCUGCCUACUCCUUCGUGGCGGCGCGGUCCUUCACGCUGCCGCCAGAGGCUGGCGAGGAUGCUGUGCUGUAUCCGUUCAUCGACAUGGCGAACCACGAAAUUGGGGAGCCCAAUGCCACUCUCAAUUCGGAGGAGUUUGAAGAACAUCUCCGCGAAGCAGCAGCUGCCCGCGUCGAGGUGAAGCACCAGGCUGAUGGCUUCACUGCCCAGCUGUUCUCGCAGCAUGCAUUCCUCGCCAGGCAGGAAGUCACUGUGGCAUACGGUGGCUUGGGCAAUCACUGGCUGUUGCCACAUUUUGUGAACUGCUGA